GCUUCGUGGAGCGAAAGGGAGAUGAAUAGAAGUUAACGUUUGAGGCCAUACACAAAGCUUCCAAGAAGGGAUUUUUGUCUCUCUUUCUUACUCCUCCCUCCCCAGUUGCUCGUCUCCGGACCUUAGCCUUGCGGUCUCCGCCAUGGGUUCGUCCCCGCCGCCGAAGACGACGACGGCGGUCUCCUCCCGGAGCUGGAGCAUCUACGGUCGCGCCGAGAUCACCGGCCGGUACGACAUCCUCGGUCGGAUCGGCUCCGGCGCCUACGCGGACGUCUACCGUGGCCGCCGGCGCUCUGACGGUCUCGACGUCGCUCUCAAGGAGAUCCACGACUACCAGAGCUCCGCCCGCGAGAUCGAGGCCCUCCUGGCCCUCCGCGGCGCGCCCAACGUGGUCGAUCUCCUCGAGUACUUCUGGGGCGAGGAUGAGGACGAGGACGCGGUGCUCGUGCUGGAGUUUCUCCCCGCCGACCUCGCCGCCGUCAUCCGCGACGCGAAGAGGGCCGGGGCCUUCGCUGUCGGCGAGGUGAAGCAGUGGAUGAUCCAGAUCCUGCGCGGGUUGGAGACCUGCCACCGCAGCUCCGUGGUGCAUCGGGAUCUCAAGCCCUCAAAUUUGCUCAUCUCGGCCGAUGGGAUUCUCAAGCUGGCGGACUUCGGGCAGUCGAGGAUCCUACAAGAAACAAGAUGUAUAUCCAUAGAAAAUGAGCAAGUGUUGCAGAAUGGGACAUGGAUACCUCAACAACAGGGAUAUAUGUCCUGGCCUGUUGGACUUGAACAGCAAACUGUCCAAGAGCUCAUGCCUCAGCACCAAAAUUUUCAAGAGACCCGGUUUGCAAACGAAGACGACACUCUGAGGGAGUUGGAUAGCCCCAAGACAAAAAAUGCAAUGUAUGACACCGAUAAUGAGACGAGUUUGCAGGAUUGUGAUGCAUCUUGUCUAGCCACAUGUGGUACAGGUGACGUAGAAGAUGAUCCCUUCAAAAGUUCCUAUUCGUGCGAGGCAGAAGAAGGUGGAGCAGAUGAAUAUGGUGCCCUCACUUCGUGUGUUGGAACACGAUGGUUCCGAGCACCUGAGCUACUUUACGGAUCUACAGACUAUGGGCAAGAGAUAGAUCUCUGGUCACUAGGCUGCCUCUUUGCAGAGCUUCUGAAUUUAGAGCCUUUGUUUCCAGGAACAUCUGACAUCGAUCAACUUGGAAGAAUCAUCAGUGUCUUGGGAAACCCGACUGAAGAAGCCUGGCCAGGUUGCUCAAACUUACCUGAUUACAACAAGAUCUUCUUUAAUAAGGUUGAGAACCCAAUUGGUCUGGAAGCAUGCCUGCCAAACAGGUCGGCCUCUGAAGUUAAUCUAGUCAAGAGGCUUCUCUGCUAUAACCCUGCAAAUAGAGCUACUGCAACAGAGACACUCCAUGAUCGCUACUUCGCUGAGGAACCUUUACCUGUUCCUGUAAAUUCACUAAGAGUUCCUUCCUCGAGAGACGAACCGAAUGACAGCUCUCAAGGAGAAUGGGCUACUUACCAGGAAACAGAAUCAGAUUCCGACCUUGAUGAAUUCGGCAGCAUGGACAUGUUGGUCACUGAAAAAGGGUUUUCUAUAAGAUUCUCAUAGUAAAGGUCUAUGUAACCGGAACAUCGAUUUGUUAUUGUUUCGGCAGUGUAUUAUUUCAGAGUGUUGAAGAAGGAUUCGAUGUUAAUGAAAAUUUGUUUCAGUGGUCAUAAAUCGAUUUUAAUGAAAA